AACACGAUCGUCUUCGCCGUUCAUCCCCACCCGUUCAUCCCCACAUGCGCCGCCGGCGCUGCCGCUCGUCAUGUACGGGUUCUCUCCGUGGACUGCACCUCCCCAUCGUCCCCGAAGACACCUCGGCCAGCCAGCGUUGUUCCCGCCUCCACCUGCGGAUGGAGGAUGAUGAGGAGAUGCCAGGAGCGGCAAGGAAGGAUGAGGAGAUACCAGGGGUGGCGGGGAAGGAGGAGGAGAUGUCGGUAGUGGCCGGGAAGGAGGAGGAGAUGCCUAAGACGGCGGGGGUGGAGGAGGAGAGGAGGAAAUUAAUCCGGCCGGCUCUCAGUCCUGUAUUUGGAGGCGGUCGAAUUGGAUGCGGCCCGCCUCAUCCCUCCGCCCCUCCGGUCCACAGACGCCGGCGGCGCCGGCGCAGCCUCCUCCUCCACACCAACCGGGCUGCAACAGACGGUACGCACCGGUGCACGAGGCGCAGUGUCGGUGGACGCAUGGCGACCCCUGCCACCACCGCGAUGUGUCCCUCCCGCACGGGUGGAACCUGA